UAGCUUCAGUAGUUGCAGAAUCAGAUUAUCAAAGUAAAGCAGACAUGGGAGUACUAAGAACACUUCCUGUGACACCCCCACGUGGAAGUUUCCUUUCAAAUUUUGGAGCUGCAGAGAGUUCAUCUAAAUCCAACUUCAAGUUCAACAAGAAGUCCCAGUUCAGAGUUUUGGCCAAAACAGAGAAGGGUGAGAAGGAAGAAGAAGAAGAGCCCAAGAAAAGGAAACAGUCACUGUUUAGCAGUGUAACAGAGGCGCUUGAUUUCUCUCAAACCAGGUCUGAAGAAGACGCUCUACUUCUCGAAGAUGCGAGACAGGCCACCAAGUCUGGAGAACAGAUGUCAAGAGAACAGUAUGGGGCUCUCAGAAGGAAAAUCGGAGGCACUUACAAGGAUUUCUUCAAAUCCUAUGUUGAAGUGGAUGGGCAAUAUGUAGAAGAAGGGUGGGUCGACAAAACGUGCAAGGUGUGCAAGAAGGACACCGGCGGCGAGCCAAGGCAAGUGGACAAGCUCGGCAGAUACGUUCAUGUGGCGUGUAUGGGGAAACAGAAAUCCGGCAACUUCUUUACCAGACUUUUCUCAAGUUGAUGAAGAGUAGAUCAAAUGUUUGGAGUGAUUGUUUCCGAAUGUUCAUUGGUGCAUGACAGAUAGCAUUGUGGAAGUUGCUUUUAUAUCAGAUAUCCCAGAUCCUAACUGAUGA